AUGACAGAAGCAUUCACAGGAACGACAGCUGAAUACACUUACGAUGAAUAUGCUUUUUCCUGCAAUAAGACUGACAUCCAAGAAUUUGGGAAAAUAUUUCUGCCAAUAUUUUACAUUGCAGUGUUUGCUCUUGGCCUCACAGGGAAUCUAAUGGUUGUUCUUGCCAUAGUGAAAGAAGGCAGUAAAAAAAGCAUCACUGACAUCUAUCUCCUGAACUUGGCUGUCUCAGACCUUCUCUUCGUAAUCUCCCUCCCCUUCUGGGCCUCCAACACGGUGCGUGGAUGGACCCUCGGGACUGUUCCAUGCAGAGCUAUUUCCUCGCUGUAUUACAUCGGUUUCUUUGGGGGCAUGUUCUUCAUCACCGUUAUCAGUAUUGACAGGUACCUGGCCAUCGUCCGGGCAACGUAUUCCCUGAAAUCCAGAACAGCGAAACACGGCUUUCUUAUAACCUGCGGAGUAUGGGCAAUAGCGGUUUUAGUUUCAGUGCCACAUUUCGUGUUCUCCCAGCUGGUAGAAAGCGACUGCAUUUCUGUCUUCCCCCAGGAGCUGGAGAACGUCUGGCCAGUGUUCUGCAACGUGGAGCUGAACACUAUCGGCUUUGUCAUCCCAGUCUGUAUCAUAUGCUAUUGCUACUGUGGGAUCAUCAAAACCCUGCUGUCCUGCAAAAAUCAUAAAAAAACACGAGCCGUAAGACUGAUCUUGAUUGUGGUGGUGGUGUUUUUUCUGUUUUGGUCCCCCUACAAUGUACUGAUUUUUAUAGAGACUUUGAAGCACUAUGAGUUAUUCACAAAUUGCAACCAAAUUAAAUCAUUUGACUACGCGAUGCACCUGACCGAAACCAUUGCAUUCAGUCACUGCUGUCUCAAUCCUCUUAUCUAUGCCUUUGCUGGGGAAAAAUUCAGGAAAUACCUUCAUCGUGUCUGCUUAAAGUAUUGUCCAUUCCUGUGCUUCUGUGGCCCCUGCAGUCGCUACCAGGUCACCCAUUCAGCUAGCUAUGCAGAAAGCAUCGUGAACAGCAACAUAACCCUCAACACCAGUGACCAGGAUGGCUCUGUCUUUGUCUAA